AUGGCGUCGGCUUCAAAUGCUGCGAGGCUAUGUGCGCUGGCAUGCCGUAGGGCCCCUCGAGUCCAUCCACUGCCUCUAACACGGCAAAUUUCUCAGCAAAGCCUCGCUGCCCAGCGAGCAUUCAGCACGUCAUCUGCACGAUGGACCGACGAGAAAACGAAAAAGGAGGGGGCCGGAGAGGGCGAGGGAGAGUCACCGCAGCAGUUGGAGUUGAAGACCAUGAACAAGGCUUUCACCGAGACGGCCACCCCUGAAGGAUUGCGACAGCUUGACGAGCUGGCCAAGACGAACGGCUACAACACGAUCGACGAGUUCUUAACAGCAAAACUGAGACAGACGCCUGGCUGGGCAUCCGAAGACAGAGCAUUGGAAGAGGAAUUACUCAAGGACGACAUUGGCGAGAAGCCCAAUAAGUCAUCGUUCUGGUUUGACGAGGAAGACCCCGAAACCAACACCGAGGAGCAUGAUGAGUUUGAUGAAGAUGACAUUACUUCUAUGGCGCAUGGCAAGCUGGAGGAAGUUCGAGAGAUGAGACACUACGCCCGAUUGGCAGCUUGGGAGAUGCCCCUUCUCGCCAGUAAGUUGUACCCCCACUGCAGAGAACACCAAAGAUUGGCACCCGAAAUUAAUUACAUGGCCGUGACAGAAUUCGCCAAGCCUUUCGUGCCCCCGAAGGAGAAUGAAGUCCUCCGCUGGCGAUACACAACCUACAUGGGCGAAUCACACCCCGCCGAAAGAAAAGUAGUCGUCCAGUUCGCCCCCGACGAUCUGAAGCUCACGCCUGUCCAGACGGCCAAGCUGAAGAAGCUUGCCGGUCCCCGGUACAACCCCGAGACGGACCUCGUCAAGAUCAGCUGCGAAAGCUACGAGCACCAGGCCCAGAACAAGCGCUAUUUAACAGGCCUAGUGGAUGAUUUGAUUGCGGCGGCCAAAGACCCCAAGGAUACCUUCGAGGAUGUGCCUCUGGACCUGAGACAUCACCGUAUCAAGGAGAAGCCGAGAUUCCCCAAGGAAUGGAGAAUGACCAUGGAGCGACGACUGGAGCUGGACGAGCAGCGAAAGGCGGCUGCGAUUGCGGACAUGGAGCGAGCCGAAGGUGGAUUGCUGGUGGACGGCAAGCAGGCCAUUGACAGCUAUCUGAUGCAGAAGCUGAUUGAGGAACAGGAGAAGCAGAAGGUUGCAGAAAUGGUGCCUGCGCCCAAGGCUGGAAAGGGUGCUGCGCAUGCGAGAGCAAGGAGGUAG